GCACAUCCCAAUGACUUCGCUCCGCUUCGACGCUGAGACUGUGGUGUUUGACGAUGCCCAUGUGGAAGCUUGGCAUGAAGAUCAUCCAGACGAACUGAUUGACCAGGGUGGCGCGUUUUCGAGCAGAGGGCCAUUCACUUUGACCAAUUCCACUUUGACGGUUCGGGACACCUCAGCCGUGAAGGGUGGCGGCCUCGCAGCGGUGGGGGACCUGACAUUGGCCAAUUCAACCCUUCGGGUGGUGGAUGCUUUAGCCAAAGACUAUGGUGGCGGCUUCUACGGUGCAGCAGCAUUGAGGCUUCAACUGGAUUCUACAGUCUUCAUGGAGAACAUGUCAGCCAGAGCCGGUGCUGGUGUCCUUGCGAUGGGAGAUGUCAAUGUUUCAGCUGCGACCUCAAUCUGUUAA